AUGUACACCGCGAUGCACCACCUCCUCCUCAGCCUCUUCGGCCUCCUCCUGCUGCUCUCCUACUGCGACGCCUCACCAAUCGACGGCGACUCCAGCGGGGCGCAACUCCUGCGGCGCGACGCGGCGCCCGCCCCCGAGUUGUCCAAGCGUGCCUGCAUCAACAACGGCUGCAAGUGCUACCCGGUGUCCAACCCCGGCGUCUACUGCUGGGGCUGCGGAUACAUCACCGACGUGGGUAGAACGAGUGCCUAUCCCGGAACGGACUACAGGGACUGGGCGUUCGAGUGUAAUACCCGCGGUGGGUGCUGCGCCUACGGCCCGAGCAGCAAGUGCAAUAACGGCGACACGGGGACUUGUGGCGCGGAUUAG